UUCCGCUCGCGUAGCAGUCUACCUGUUUUGCUCGCCGACGAAGCAUGUCGUUCGUUCGCUCUCUGAGUGUGCUUUUGGCCUUGGGUGGAGUCGCUGUGGGGUCCAGUCAAACCUGCCAAGCGGAUUCGAAUUGUUCCCGUGGGCAGAGAUGCGUUUCUCACUUCAACUUCGCAAGUUCUGCGAACUGUGAAGAAUCCCGCUAUUGUAUCCCCGUAACCAGUGGGUCAUGCACGUGCCAGUCUGGUUAUACUUGCCGAAUCAAAGACUGCCCUACCUCACCUUACGAAUGUGUCAAGCUGGAACGGACAAACACUAGGUGCGGUGGCCCUCGCGGUCCCAAGUGUACCCGGAACCAGGUGUGCGCUUACGAAACUACUGGGCUUCAGUGCAUCAAGUGUCCCUGUUACGGCACCCAUCGCUCUACCUGUGUGCCGAAGAACCCCAGAAAGCCGUGUGGACCUAACAGCAUUGCCACGGUCGAAGGAAACAGUUACAACUGCGACGGAUGCGCCUCUGCGACGUCCGUGCUUACAGCCUGAAGACCCUCACAGCUUGGGAUGCCCCAAAGCUGCAGGCCUUAGAGCCGCCUUGCAUUUUCGAAGCACAAUAAAUACCCAAUCAAGACUA